UAUGAUUUGUCAUCUUUAUCAUCAUUAUUAUCAGCAGAAAUUACUCUCUGGAAUUAAACGUAGUUCCACUAGCUGUCAUUUUGUUAAGUGCGAGUGUCAAAUACAAAUUAUUUUCCCCGAAUUAUCGUCGGUAUAAUUAUUAGAGUAUUAUACUUAUUAACUUACGAGUUACCAUUGGAGUAGUUUGGACCUCGCAAUUAAAAAAAAAGGAAGGAAAAGAGCAAAACAAGAAGAGGUUGGAAGCAGUUGUCACAGAGAGAGAGAGCAUACUACCUACUUAAUAGGGGGAUGCGGCGGUGAAGUUGAGGAAGAAGAAGAGAAAGUUAGGAAGAAGAAAAAAAAAAAAAGAGAAGCUUGAGUCAGUUGAUUUCACCUCAUAUAAUUAUUAUGAGUGGCGAAAAGGAAAAGAGCACUGUUACCAGUGCUCCUCCUUCUCCUUCUCCUUCUUCAGUUGCUCCUUCUGUUGAAUUCUCCAAAGGCAUCAAUGGCCUCCAGAAGGUUAUUCUCCGCGAGUCUCGCGGUUCCUCCGCCGAGGUAUCUCUCUGUCUCUCUGUCUCUCUCUCCCUGCGUUUCCGAUCUGCUUCAUUUCAUUCGCCAUUUCGUAUUCUCACUCUCUGGGCCAAAUUAUGUGAGUAUGGCCUAUUCAUCUUUUCCGUCUUGUUUGCUGUGCAGGCAAUAUUUAAGCCACCAAAGGCAAUUCGUGGUGGGAUUCCAAUAUGCUUUCCGCAAUUUGCAAGCCAUGGCACCCUUGACCAGCAUGGCUUUGCUAGAAACCGGUUCUGGGCUGUUGAUGAAGAUCCCCCUCCUUUUCCAACGAAUACUUUGAACAAAGCCUUUGUUGAUUUGAUUCUUAAGCCCUCUGAAGAAGAUACGAAGAUUUGGCCUCAUAGUUUUGAGUAUCGUCUAAGGAUAGCUCUGGGACCUGGAGGAGACCUUAUGUUGACUUCUCGGAUCAGGAAUACAAACAGUGAUGGGAAGCCAUUUUCGUUCACCUUUGCUUAUCAUACAUAUUUCUCUGUAUCAGACAUAAGCGAGGUUCGGGUCGAGGGAUUAGAGACCCUGGAUUAUCUUGACAACUUGCAGAACAAGGAGCGUUUUACUGAGCAGGGGGAUGCUCUAACAUUUGAAUCAGAAGUUGACAAAAUAUAUCUUAGCACUCCUACGAAGAUCGCAAUUAUUGAUCACGAAAAAAAGAGAACAUUUGUUUUGCGCAAAGAUGGCCUUCCUGAUGCUGUGGUGUGGAAUCCUUGGGAUAAGAAAGCAAAGGCUAUGGCUGAUUUUGGUGACGACGAGUACAAGCAUAUGCUCUGUGUAGAGGCUGCUGCUGUUGAAAAGGCCGUCACUUUAAAACCUGGAGAAGAAUGGAAAGGGAGACUAGAACUUUCAGCUGUUCCAUCUAGUUAUUGUAGUGGGCAGCUUGAUCCUCAGAGAGUUCUUCAGGGCAGCUGAAUUAUCAAUAUUGUGCUGUGUCCUGUACAGGUAGCUUGUUGCGACAAUUAUGGUUUUGUUGAUGGGAAAGUGUCUCAAGUGAUUUUGCCCCUUGAUGUUCCAUUUAAAUCUUUGUUGAACGGAUGAACUCAUGUUGCAUAGGAUUUUAUUGAACUACUUUUGUUUACCCAUGUAAUGGAUGGCUAUUGUUGUCAUGACAGACUGAACAAAGCAUAUAAGCAGAAGAGUUCACUCCCAUGAAAGAUGGAAAUUGCCGCCUACAAUUCAACAGCUUUUCACGUUGGGUUGAAUGGCCCAGACUCGGGGAUUCUUUCUGAAUCCAUAGUUUUUUGGAUUCUCAAAUACCCCGUAAAUUGUUUAUUCCUAAAUGUUGUAGGCUAAAUGAAUAUGUCAUUGGAGAAUAUUUAUAAUAUUAAAGGAAUGUAUCACAGUUCACACAGGACCUGUUGACUGGUAUAAAAUGUAUUUCUGGGCUAUUUUGCUAUAUGAUCCUAUUUUGCUUCUUUUA